UAUUGAAUAUUUUUAUUUAUAAACAAAAUAAUACAAGAAUUUCUAAAAUCUAAAUGAUACCUUCACUUUUUACUCAAAAUGAACAAAUUAAACGCUGCUCAGGUUGAAAAAUUAAUAACAUUGAUUAAAGAACAUCCGAUAAUUUUCGACAAGAGUGAUAAAUAUUACAAACAUCCAACGAAGAAGGAUGAAAUAUGGCAAGACAUAUCCGAAUCUAUAGGCGCUGAGGAACAUGAGUGUAAGACCGCUUGGAAGUCUCUGAGAACCCAGUUUGUUAAGGCCUGCAAUAAAAAUAAACCUAAAUCGAAAUCUGGACGGCAGACAUCAGGAAAAAAGAAUUAUAAAUAUUACCACCACCUUUUAUUCCUUAAAGAUUCAAUUUCGUCAAGAAAGACGAGGCCUAGUAAGGGCGACAAAUCUAAUGAAAAACCAAAUGAGAACUAUGAUGUUCUUUUAUACGACGAAGAUACUGAAGUCCAAGAAAGCAAAACCGAUGUAUUCUUCGAAAAUAUAAAACAGCCCUCGGUUUCCCAUAAUAGCACCCCAAGGUCUAGUCCUUCACCAUCAGACUCUCCAGACCGUGACAAUGAUCGUCAAGAAAAUAAUCUAAAUGACACUAAGCACUUGAAAGAAUUAUUCAAUACCAUCGUUACAGAAGUUAGGGCGUCGAAAGAAACCAGACCCCAACAAGACGACAUAGAAACAUAUUUUGUUGUUAUAGGCAAUAUGGUUAGGAAUGCUAACCUGACGACAUUUCAGAACCGACAAAUUCAAAAGAAAAUUUUCAAUUUUGUAUCUGAUGAGCUUGACAAACUUGAAAACAAUGAAACUAAUAAAUAAUGUUAUUUUACAAACAAAA